AUGCCCCCGGGAUCUAUCUUGACGACCAGAGAACUCAACGAUGCGAGAUUAUUUUGGGUAAAAAUAACACAACACCAGUACUUUGUUUCAGAACUCAGGGUACUUCUCAGAAAUCAGCAGCUACCUAGAAAUCACCAGUUAGCGAAAUUCACCCCAACUCUGGACGAGGAGGGCAUCAUGAGACUUGGGAGAAGCCUCAAGAACUCAGCACUCCAUCCGGAACAGAUCUACCCAAUAAUCUUGCCACGUCAGUCCAAAUUCACCACACUCAUCAUCGCAGAAGCUCACCAGAAGACCCUCCACGGAGGGACACAGCUCACCUUGGCCUACACUCAGCAACGCUAUUGGAUACUCGGUGGCAGGGGCACAGUUAGAGCCUACAUCCUACGCUGUGCUAUCUGCGCCAGACACCGAGCUAGACAGGCUCAGCAACAGAUGGGUCAAUUGCCCGCAACCAGAGUCUCACCAGCAAGAGCAUUUCUCCACACGGGGAUGGACUAUGCAGGUCCUUUCGCCAUCCUCAAGUGGAGACCCACGAAUGCUCAACCGGGAUCAGUGCACAUCGCAGUGUUCGUGUGCUUCACCACGUCAGCAGUUCACCUAGAGCUCGUCAACAGGCAAACCACAGAAGCCUUCCUCGGAGCUUACAGGAGAUUCACCGGAAGACGAGGUAUUCCAGCAGUCAUGUACAGUGACAACGCCACCACCUUCGUCGGAGCAGCAGAUCAACUCGAAAGGCUCAAUCACCAAGCAUCUAAAAAAAAUCAACGUGUUCAGGCUGCUCUCGCCACCAAUUGGACUCAGUGGAGCUUCUCACCACCUAGAGCACCCCAUUUUGGUGGCAAAUGGGAAGCAGCAGUAAAAUCAACGAAGCAUCACCUCAAGAGAGUCCUGGGAACGACAACGCUAACAUUUGAGGAACUCAACACAGUCUUAGUUCAGAUUGAAGCCUGCCUAAACUCCAGGCCAAUCUGUCCGAUGUCAGACGACCCAGAAGAUCUCCAGGUUCUCACCCCAGGACACUUCUUAAUCGGCGAGCCUCUACAGAUAGUAUCAGAGUCAUCCUACCUCGACGAGAAUCCCCUCAAGAUGAGGCGAUGGAACCUCGUGACUCGGAUAGUUCAGCAGUUCUGGUCCAGGUGGUCCAAAGAGUGUCUCCAACGAUACCAGGCUAUCUACAAGUGGAAGACACGUCAGCAGAACAUCGAGGUUGGUAACAUGGUGCUGAUGGUCGACGAUAACCUUCCACCAGCCCAGUGGCCAAUCGCCAGAGUCAUCGCGACUAGACCAGGAGCAGAUGGGCUCACCAGAGUAGCCACAGUCAGAACGAGCAAAGCAGAAGUCGGCAGACAUCAAGAUGGGUCGCCUAAUCUCCAGAACAUCACAGCAGCCCACUCGGCGUUUGACAGACCAAUCACCAAGUUCUGUCUGCUUCCUACAGAUCCACCUACACCAGAACAACCUCCAGAAGAAGAUCACCCAGAUGAUGAAGACGAUCAACAGCAAGGGGACAUCCAGGAACUGCAGGACUGA